GAGAGAGCAGCACGUCUGGUUUGGACAUCACCCUACAACCAAGUGACACAUUUUCUCAACUUCUUUUGCUUGACAUGGAUCAUCUCAACUUUAGCUUCAAUUCCACUUGUGGUCUUGACAUCACCAACAGCACUUGGGGCUCCAAACAGGUAGGCCCCUCUGUGGUCCUAGGCUUGUGCUGUUUGGUGGGUUUGCCCAGCAACAUUGCUGUGAUCGUCUCCAUCGCUCAUCAAUGGAAUGAAAAAAUAAGCUUCACAGUUAAGCUAAUGCUCAAUCUGGCUGUAUCUGAUGCCUUGACCCUUGGAUUGGCUCCUUUUGCAAUGUAUGGUCUACUCUGUGGAUGGACUCUGGGCAUUUGGCCUUGCAGGAUCCUGAUGUACCUGACCUACUGUGCAAUGUACGUCAGCGUGCUGACGAUCACUCUGAUGGCUGUGCACCACUACCAUACCAUCAAGUCAAAAACUCCUAAUCAGAAAGAACUGGAAAGACUGCAGAAGGGUCGCAGAUGCUUACUGCUAAUUGGACUCUGGGGUUUGGCGAUCAUCUUUGCCUUGCCUAUUUUUUUCACUCGAGGUGUUGCGCUUAAGCGAGGACUUCCACGGUGUCAGAGGACCAUAGACUCAGUUUCUGGAAAAGCUAUAAUUCUUCUGUUCGAGGUCAUAUUUGGAUUCAUCCUCCCUUUCUCCAUCAUACUGACAUCUUACUGCUGGAUCAACAAGAUAAAGCUUCGAGGAGGUGAAAACGCUAGAAAGCGAAAGAGGAGGAUGAGAAGGCUCGUGAUCAGCAUCGUCAUGGCUUUUUUUCUUUUCUGGACCCCUGUGCACAUCAUCAAUGUGAUCGACGUAGCUACUACCCUGACUAAAGCAUCUUUUCCAGCCGUCUAUGAGGGACUGAAAUCUUUCCGUAGAGCAACUGGAGACUUGAGUAAGACUCUGGCGGUAAUUAACUGUUGCGUGAACCCUUUUCUGUAUGCUGUUGCAUUAGGGAUCAUCAAGAAAAAGCAUGAUCACCAAGAAAAAAAGACAUAAGUGAAGAGUUCUCUACACAGACAAUGAGAAGGUUUAAAGUAAUUUUGUGCUCUGCCAGCACAAACGCUUAACAUUUCAUUAUACUUCUCACCAAUGUAUCUUUAUUAAAGAUAAUAUUUUUUUUUGUGCCCAUCCUCAUUAGACUCUGGGGUUUGGCGAUCAUCUUUGCCUUGCCUAUUUUUUUCACUCGAGGUGUUGCGCUUAAGCAAGGACUUCCACGGUGAGGACCAGAGGCGUUUUGUUGUGUUAUUUUGACCUAAAUCUAAAUGGUGUUGUAAUCAGGUUUCUGUUCUUGUCUGGUUUCCUGUUAAAAGGACAACUGGUAUCAGACAUACCACAAAAGUAGAUGACAGUCAGUUGCAUGGGGUGGUUUUGACAGCUAGAAGGGCUGCGCUGUCAUUCAUCACAGUGAUUUCCAACCCUGGUCUUAGAGUUUCCUCUGCUGCACAUGUUAGUGUCUUAUCCAGACCUGUGCACAGACAUAUUUUUUGGGAGGGGGUGACGAGGGGUGGCGGGGGCUCAAGAGGAAAAAGGGAAACAUAAACUUAAUUUAAUUUAGUGUAUAUUUCAAUCAGUCUUAUCACCAAAGGCGGUGUUAUUGUGUAUGUGUAUGUGUAGGUAUGUAUAUAUAUAUUGUGUGUGUAUGUGUAUGUGAUGCGAUGACACACCAGAUGUACACUUUCAGAAAAAAAGAUACUAAAACUGCCACUAGGGUGGUACCUUCAAGUGUACGUCUUUAUAUAUUUAUAUUUUAUUAUAUAUUUUUAAGGUGACAUUGAUUCCAUAUAAUUCAUCUUGACUCCAGGCUUUUUUUUUAUCAUUUUAAAACAUUAGAUUAUAAAACAAUACAAAUUGGUCCUUUUCCACUGGGAAGUGAACGUAGUGUAUCUUUAA